AUGUCAGAGCCUUUAGCAUCAGUUCAAGGCGAAGGAGCCAAUCUUGUUUUGUCUGACCCCAAGCAUCAGAGCAGAUUUGAACUUGGCGUUUGUAUGGCUGUUUACCAAUGGGACAACCUUCAAACAGCCGUUGACAAUCAAUGGGGAGGUGCUGAUAGUGAGGACAAGAGGGACUGGAUGGUUGGAAGCGUGGUAGAACUGUUUGAGACAUCCAACUAUGUUGAUUCAGAUGAUAUUGAAGAUAGACUACUUGGAAUUAUGGAGGAUGAGUUUGGUGUCAGCAUCGAAGACAAUACUGCUACCCCAGUUGCGGUAUCCAUUAUCCAAUUAUAUAAAGAAUGUGCUGAGGGUAACUUUAGUCAUGUUGACGAGUUAUACGCAAAGUACCAAGAGAAAGAAUCGAAGCGAAAGGCUGGUCUGUUACCUGUAAAUAAGGUUCAAACCGAAGGAAGUGAUGAAGAAGACGAAGAUGAAGAGGAGGGUGAUGAUGACGAGGAGAUGAACGAUGCACCUGCUUCGUCUUCGAGUUCAGAUCCAUCUGAACCCCAAGGACCAAUAGUUGACGAAGAUGGUUUUGAAUUAGUUCAAAAGAAAGGAAACAGACGAAGAUAG